CACAAAAAGUUGUAGCUGUCACAGGGUGUCACCCAAAACUCAAAACAUCAGUUUGAAAGAUCUAAAAAAACACAAGCAAAAAAAAUGCAAAAUAUUUUGCAUCUGUCAGAAGUUACGUGAGGUUACGAAGUAUACAAAUUUUUCAACCUAUUAGCCGCGGGAAAUUCGUUCGCCGUCGCAUUUAAAGUGUGUUUUUGCUUUUACUAGUUCACGGGAACGUGCCCCACAUACGCACACCAACCAUUCAAAAUGUCCUCGUUUGAUCUGAAAAACGAGACGGAGGUGAAGGAGUACAUCGACAAGCUGGGAGUCGAGUACCGGUUCGGUUGUUACUCGGAGAAAAAACCGGAAGUGUGCCAUCUGCUUGGCGAUUACCUCGAGGGUAUCCGCAAAGACUUUGAGAAGGCCGCCAAAGUGUACCGGUCGAACUGUGAUGAUUACAACUACGGUAAAAGCUGUCUCAAGUACGGCAACUACACGUUUCUCGGCAAGGGCCGUGCGUCGGAGAAGGGUGAUCCGGCGAAAGCGUUCAGCUACUAUGAGAAGGGUUGCAAAUUGAACGAUCCCGACGCGUGUCUACACAGUGGACUGCUGCUGGUGUCAAAGCUAAUGCCCAAAGAAAUCACCCGCGACGUGCCGAAGGGAUUUGAGCUGUUGCAGAAAAGCUGCGACAUGAACAAUGCCGGUGCAUGCUUUUACCUGUCCGGUAUGUAUAUAUCCGGCGUGCUGAAGGAGGAACAUCAGCAGGCGGCGAAAAAGGCUGACACACCGACGAGCGAACCGAAGGCCCCGGAACAGCAGCGACCGCCCGGUGCAUACGUGGUCGAACGCAACAUGGAGAAAGCGUUCGAGUUCGCGUACAAAGCGUGCGAGCUGCGCAACAUGUACGCUUGUGCCAAUUUGAGCCAAAUGUACGCGAAGGGUGACGGUACGCCGCGGGAUGAGAAGAAGGCAGAAAAGUACAAAAAACUCGCCCUCGAGAUGCAGGACGAGGUAAAGAAACAGCAGCAGCUCACAUUCCAGCAGGGAUUGAAUCCGUCGUAGACAAAUGCAAUGAUCCACUGCCAAAGCCGGGACGUGUAGUAUCAGUGGGAAGCCAUCGACGUGAACGCAAGAUGCAACUCUGAUUGUGUACUGUUGAAAAGGGAGAAAAAUUAUUGAUAAAGUUACAUAUUUGGUGAUGUUCCGUUGCGUACUCGUACCUGGGUUCGAGGAAAAUCGCAGUAGCAGUGGUUCAUUUUUUUAGCGAUUUAGUUAGCGUUCAGUUAUGGUGUUAAACGGUGUGUUUUGUGUGUACAGGAAAGAGCACGAAGAGGAAGAACCCUUCCGAACUGAUGGUGAAAUGUGAAUCGUUUGCUAGACAUUCAGCAAAUGGAGUAAAAGUUGUUUCGCUUGAGAAGUAGUAACAUAAUAAACAAAACAAAAAAACAUAUAUAACCGAAGCGGCAAAUGAA